CUGUUGAGGAUGUGGCUGUGCACUUUACUCAGGAAGAGUGGGCAUUGCUGGAUCUUCCUCAGAGGCAGCUCUACAGAGAUGUGAUGAUGGAAAUCUUCAGAAGCCUCGCCUCAGUAGCUUCUCGAAAACUUAUUGAUGGAGAAAAGCUAUCCACUGAACAUAUGAUAGUACGAUUCAUGAAAAAUGACACCUGGUCCUCGAUGGUAGGAGAAGUCUGCCAGUUGCAUGGUACUGAAGAUCAGGAUAACAACCAGAAAACACAUGUGAGCAUGCUGCCUAUUUUUAAUGAAAGGCAUUUGUUAGAGAACCUCGGUGAAAGUAAUGAAAACAAUCAGAUCUUCAGCCAGAUUCCAAAUCUUUCUGUGCUAAGAAGAACUCCUGUGGAAGCAUAUCCUGUGGAAUGCCUCGAGUGUGGAAAAUCCUUGAUGAGUCAUUCACCACUUAAGCAUCAUAUGAAAUCUCUCUCUGGAUGCACUGCCUAUCAGUAUAAGGAAUGCAGACAAGCCUGUAGUCCCUCUUACAUCAGCACUGCUGUGGGAACUGUUACUGGAGAGAAAUCCUAUGAAUGUAAGGAAUGCGGCAAAAGUUUUUGUCCUUCAAACCUCACUAUACAUAAGACAAUUUACAGUGGAGAGAAGCUUUAUGUAUGUAAGGAAUGUGGGAAGGCCUCUCAGUCCUCAAACCUCACUGCACAUAUAAGAACUCAUAGUGGAGACAAGCCUUAUGUAUGUAAGGAAUGUAGGAAAGCCUUUUGUCAUUUGUCAAACCUCACUGCACAUAUGAGAAUUCACAUUGCAGAGAGGCUUUACGAAUGUAAGGAAUGUGGCAAAGCCUUUCGUCACUGCUCAGGCCUCACUUCACAUGUAAGAACUCACAGUGGUGAGAGGCCUUACGAUUGUAAGGAAUGCGGCAAAGCCUUUAGUCGGUCUUCAUACCUCAGUGCACAUAUGAGAACUCACUGUAGAGAAAGACCUUAUAAAUGUAUGGAAUGUGGCAAAACCUUUUGUUACUCUUCAGAGCACACUAUUCAUAUGAGAACUCACAGUGGUGAGAGACCUUAUGAAUGUAAGGAAUGUGGCAAAGCCUUUAGUCGGUCUUCACACCUCACUUCACAUGUAAGAACUCACAGUGGUGAGAGACCUUAUGAAUGUAAGGAAUGUGGCAAAGACUUUAGUCAGUCUUCAUACCUCACUUCACAUAUAAGAUGUCACAGUGAUGAAAGGCCUUAUGAAUGUAAGGAAUGUGGCAAAGCCUUUAGUCGGUUCUCAUACCUUACUAGACACCUAAGAACUCACAGUGGUGAGAGGCCUUAUGAAUGUAAGGAAUGUGGCAAAGCCUUUAGUGAGUCCUCACACCUUACUAGACACGUAAGAACUCACAGUGGUAAGAGGCCUUAUGAAUGUAAGGAAUGUGGCAAAGCCUUUAGUGAGUCCUCAUACCUCACUUCACAUGUAAGAACUCACGGUGAGAGGCCUUAUGAAUGUAAGGAAUGUGGCAAAGCCUUUAGUCGGUCCUCAUACCUCAGUGCACAUAUGAGAACUCACUGUGGAGAAGGACCUUAUAAAUGUAUGGAAUGUGGCAAAACCUUUUGUUACUCUUCAAAGCACACUAUUCAUAUGACAACUCACAGUGAUGAGAGGCCUUAUGAAUGUAAGGAAUGUGGCAAAGCCUUUAGUCGGUCUUCAUACCUCACUUCACAUGUAAGAACUCACAGUGGUGAGAAACCUUAUGAAUGUAAGGAAUGUGGCAAAGCUUUUAGUUGGUCCUCAAACCUUACUACACAUAUAAGAACUCACAGUGGUGAGAGACCUUAUGAAUGUAAGGAAUGUGGCAAAGCCUUUAGUCGGUCCUCAUACCUCACUUCACAUGUGAGAACUCACAGUGGUGAGAGGCCUUAUGAAUGUAAGAAAUGUGGUAAAGCCUUUAGUCGGUCCUCAUACCUCAGUGCACAUAUGAAAACUCACAGUGGUGAGAGGCCUUAUGAAUGUAAGGAAUGCAGCAAAGCCUUUCGUCAGUCCUCACACCUGACUAGACAUAUAAGAAUUCACAUUGGAGAGAGGCUUUAUAAAUAUAAAGAAUGUGGGAAAGCAUUUAGUUAUUUGUCUUCCAACAAUGAAUACAUAAGAUGUCACUCCAGAGAGAAACAUUUUGAAUAUACAGAAUGUGGGAGAUUCUGUUGUGAUUCCUCAAACCCCAAUAAUCAUAUAAAAAUUAAUGGGUUAGGUUUUAUAAAUGUAAGGAGUUUAUUCAUGUAUGUGAAUUAUGAUGAAACAACCAAUGCUUAAUUGCAGACAUUCACUUCACCCUUUAAGCUCCUACAAAUAAGGUCAGUUUCCUACCAGAACAACCCAGAUCUUCAUUGUCUCACAACAAAUGAAUAUUUCUCCAGUUGUGCAUAAAUUAUCUAUUAUGGUUGUUGAGUUUUUUGAAGUUAGGAUCCAAACCACAUUUCCACAUUGCCUUUUUAUUUCUAUAUGUGAUUAAUCUGUCUUACACAGAACAGUCUUCUACUUUUCUGAAAAAUGUUAAAAUGUUUAGCAUUGUGAUACAGUCAAAACUUGUGACAGCUGAAACCUGUGUAAAUCAGAAACCUGUCAGAGAAGAAAAUGGGGUGUUUAUGAUGUAGGAUUCUUAAUAGCAAAAGAAAAGUGCUAAGCACCCAGUCAGAGGUGGAAAAAUGCAAGACCUGGUAAAAUGAGGCACUCCGAUCACUUUCCAGCUCUCAUAGGUUUUAUGGUAUUUGUUUCAUUAUGAUUUUGUUCAGUCUUCUGAAGUUUUUGUAACAGACGUUGAGUCUUGCAUAGUUCUAAUAGAAAUAUAAUGCACAUCAAAGACGUAAUCUAAAAUAUUUUAAUAGGUGUAUUAGAUGUGUAAAAAUGUAAAUGAAAUGUUUAAUAAGAAUCUUACGUGUAUACGUCCAUUUAUUGUCAAGGUAAAAAUUAUAAAUGAUAUUAACUAAUCAGUAUAAAUUUCUUUGAGAGAUUUUACAUUUCCUUUUUUUACCACAUUUUCCAGAAUCCAGAAGCAGCACGUUUCAUAAAUUUUAUUUUUGAAAAGUAGGUUCACAAUUCCAGGUUACUCCCAGCAUACUUUUCCAAUAAUUGAAUGUAGUUUAUUAUAUAUAAAUUAAUAUGAAAGUGUAUACAGUUUCUUAGUUUCACAAACCUCAUAGAUUAUUGACAGCCUUAUUAGUGUUUGAAUGCAAAAGAAGUCCCUGGAUCGCUUUGUACUUUCCUGUUCCAGAUCUGGAAUCAACCCUUUCUCCCCAAGCCUCUGGUUCCUUUUAAAAACCAAGGUGUGUGCAAUACAUGUGCUCGGUGAUAAAACAUGUUAACAGCGACUGAUUUUUGUCUUGGCCUUUUAGUUACCAUGUAAAAUACAUAAUUUCUUACAUCAUAAAUUCAUGUUCUUAUUCCUAAUACAAAUUUAAGGCUGUGUAUAUAUAUAUAUGUAUAUAUAUAUAUACAUAUACACACACGUGUAUGUAUACAGAUAUUUAUAAAUAUACAAGAAAUGGUGCUAGAGAAUGUUAAAUAGGCAAACUAGACUUUAUUCAGCCUGUUGUGAUAGGAAAGACACUUCAGCAUAAGUCUGAGUUCAACUCCAAAGGGUAAGGUAUGGCAGGAAGUUUUUUAUGAUUUCUGGGUAUCAUGAGGCACUGGAAGCUUAUUAAUUUCAAGGUGGCAAGCAAAAAUACA